GCCCAGCGAGGCAGGGGCUCCAGGACCCAGUGAAGGUGAGGCUUUCACAGAGGGAAGGAAGACUGAGAGACAGAAGAGAGACCUCAGUGUGGGGGCAGAUACGUUUCAAGCGCGUGCUUUGGGUUUUGGACAGGUGAUAGGUGACACAAUGGAGAAGGAAGACUAGCCUCAGGGUCUCACUGAGGGUCUCAAGACCGGUGAUUUAUAGGUGAGAGUGCUGUCAAAUGGAGCAGUUUUGAAAGGUGGUGGUGGCAAAGACUGUUAGCUUUUUAUCUGCUUCUGGAAAUGUAAAAGGAUGCAUUUUCAGGUUUAUUCAUUGUAGCACUUUGUGACAGUAAAUAUUGGAAAGACUAUUGUCCAGUAAUAAGGACAUUAAACUGUGGAUAUUAAACUAUCCUUAUUAGUGCUGGCCCUAAAGGAAGUUCUAAGUGGAGCCUGAGUCACAGAACGCAGGUGUGGUGGAUACGUCCUCGAGAUCUUCAGCAUGGGUCAGGGAUUAAGAAAGACAGAAUCAAUUUGCGGAAGACAAGAGGUAGAUUUUGGUGGUUGUACAAGGACAGUGGGUAGAUUUUAGUCACCUCUGUAUAUCCAGGAAACAUCAAAAUCAAGAAUUUGAAGGUUAAGGAUGUGUAGCUUAGUGACUUUUACCUAGCAUUGUGAGGCUUUAGGUUUGAUCCCCAGCACCAGGAGAGAGAGAGAGAGAGAGAGAGAGAGAGAGAGAGAGAGAGAGAGAGAGAGAGAGAGAGAACCCAGAGAAGGGAACUUACAAAAGGUUGACUGCCAAGUUGGUAUAGUCUUCAAGAACAUCCUGGGGAACUACACUGUAAGUUUGAGGCCAGCCUGGACUACAAGAGACCCUCGUCUCAAAAUAAACAUCAAAAGUAAGGUAAAAUGUAAAUGUAGAAUAAAAUGUAAACGUAGAAUUAAAUGUAAAAAUAAAAUAUAAAAUACAGUAAAAUGAAUAAGACGAGGUGGUGGCCUGAAAGUCAACCGGCCAGCCUGAUAGUAGAACAUUCCCGAUCACGACUUCCUUAGAGAUUCUCUGGACAAAGGCAGGGAGACCUCAGUUUCUGCGUCAGAACGGAAGGGCCGGGAUUUCCCCUCUUGGUUUCUCUCGAGCACUACCCUCCUCAGCCUCCUGCUAGUUUCCUGGGUUGCCAAGGAGACGAGCGCCCCUGCUGGCGGUGCCAAGGCUCCCCGAGGCCCCGCCUCUUCGCCGCAGGCGGUCGCUGAUUGGCCUGUUUGAAAUGCGCCGGGCGGGCGCACACUUGGGCUUGCAGCGUCGCCGCCGGGCUCUCUUCAGAUUGAGUCCGGGUCCCCGCGGCCGCAGCCUCCACGGCUUAGUUCCCGCCAGCCCUGCUCCGGUCGGAGCCCGACGUCCCGCGCGCGCGUCAGGACAGCACGGAGACUGCGGUCAUGAAGUCGGCGCUAAGAUGCCCAGGAAACCUGUAAUAAAAAAAGGAUCUCAGACAAACCUUAAAGAUCCAGUGGGGGUGUACUGUAGGGUGCGCCCACUGAGCUUUCCUGACCAAGAGUGCUGUGUGGAAGUGGUCAAUAGUACAACCGUGCAGCUCCACACCCCUGAGGGCUAUCGACUCAACAGAAAUGGAGACUACAAGGAGACUCAGUACUCAUUUAAGCGGGUAUUUGGCACGCACACCACCCAGAAGGAGCUUUUUGAUGUUGUGGCUAGUCCCUUGGUAGAUGACCUCAUUCAUGGCAAGAAUGGUCUUUUAUUUACAUAUGGUGUGACGGGAAGUGGAAAAACCUACACAAUGACAGGGUCUCCAGGGUCCGGAGGCCUGCUUCCUCGUUGUUUGAAUAUGAUCUUUAACAGCAUAGGGUCAUUUCAAGCAAAACGUUUCGUGUUUAAGUCUAAUGAUAGGAACAGUAUGGAAAUACAGUGUGAAGUCGAUGCCUUGUUAGAACGGCAGAAAAGAGAAGCCAUGCCCAUUCCAAAGACCCCCUCUAGCAAGCGACAAGCAGAUCCAGAGUUUGCAGAUAUGAUAAAUGUACAAGAAUUCUGCAAAGCAGAAGAAGUUGAUGAAGACAGUGUCUAUGGAGUGUUUGUCUCUUACAUUGAAAUCUAUAAUAAUUACCUAUAUGAUCUAUUGGAAGAAGUGCAGUUUGAUCCCAUAAAGCCCAAUAGGUGGAACGGCUGCAGUACACCUAUGAGGAACGCAGAGGCUGUACUCCCACAAUCUAAAAUGCUCCGAGAAGAUAAGAACCACAAUAUGUAUGUUGCAGGAUGUACAGAAGUAGAAGUGAAGUCUACGGAGGAGGCGUUCGAGGUUUUCUGGAGAGGUCAGAAAAAGAGACGUAUUGCUAACACCCAUUUGAAUAGAGAGUCCAGUCGUUCACAUAGCGUGUUCAGCAUUAAACUUGUCCAGGCUCCCCUGGAUGCUGAUGGAGACAAUGUCUUACAGGAAAAAGAGCAAAUUACUAUAAGCCAGCUGUCUUUGGUAGAUCUUGCUGGAAGUGAAAGAACUAACCGUACUAAAGCAGAAGGGAACAGGUUACGUGAAGCUGGAAACAUUAAUCAGUCAUUGAUGACACUAAGAACAUGCAUGGAAGUCCUGAGAGAGAACCAGAUGUAUGGAACCAACAAGAUGGUUCCAUAUCGAGAUUCAAAGCUAACGCAUCUAUUCAAGAACUACUUUGAUGGGGAGGGGAAGGUUCGGAUGAUCGUGUGUGUGAAUCCUAAGGCUGAAGACUAUGAAGAAAGCUUGCAAGUCAUGAGAUUUGCUGAAGUAACCCAAGAAGUGGAAGUAGCAAGACCAGUAGACAAGGCGAUAUGUGGCCUGACACCGGGGAGACGGUACAGAAACCUGCCUCGGGCGGGCCCAGUUGGAGAUGAACCUUUGACUGAAGAGAUUCUACAGAGCUUCCCACCACUGCCCCCAUGCAAGCUUUUGGAUGUCAAUGAUGAGGAGACCCUUCCAAGACUGAUGGAUGCUUUGGAGAAACGACAUCGCUUACGACAACUGAUGACUGAGGAGCUUAACAAACAAUGUGUAGCUUUCAAAGCCUUAUUCAAAGAAUUUGACAAUUCUCUAUCAAAUAAAGAAAACUACAUUCAGGAAAAACUAAAUGAAAAAGAAAAAGUGAUCUCAGGACAGAAAUCAGAAAUAGAACGACUGGAGAAGAAAAACAAAACUUUGGAGUACAAGAUUGAGAUUUUGGAGAAAACAACUACGAUCUAUGAAGAAGAUAAGCGCAAUCUGCAGCAGGAGCUUGAAAGCCAGCAUCAGAAGCUCCAGCGGGAGUUUUCUGACAAGCGCAGAUUAGAAGCCAGGUUGCAAGGCAUGGUGACAGAAACGACGAUGAAGUGGCAGAAGGAAUGUGAGCGUCGGGUGGCAGCCACCCAGCUAGAGAUGCAGAACAAACUCUGGGUCAAAGAUGAAAAGCUCAAACAGCUGAAGGCCAUUGUGACUGAACCCAAACCUGAGAAGCCAGAGAGACCCUCCCGGGACCGGGACCGGGAGAAAAUCAUUCAGAGAUCUGUCUCUCCUUCACCUGUGCCUCUUUCUAGUAACAAUAUUGCUCAGAUUUCCAACGGCCAGCAACUCAUGAGCCAGCCCCAGCUUCACAGACGCUCUAACUCUUGCAGCAGCAUUUCUGUAGCUUCCUGUAUUUCGGAAUGGGAGCAGAAACUGUCUCCAUUCAGCACCCCUGUCAAUGUCACCUCUCUUGCAAGGCACAGGCAGCAGGAGCCAGGACAAAGUAAAGCGUGUAUGGUGUCAGACAGAAGGCGAGGGAUGUGCUGGACUGAAGGCAGGGAGAUGGUCCCUACAUUCAGCAGUGAGAUAGGCGUACAAGAGGACCACUGCCGCAGGAACACACCAAUUCCUGUACGACACAGAAGGUCCCGCUCUGCAGGGAGCAGAUGGGUAGAUCAUAAGCCUGCCUCUAAUGUGCAAACUGAGACAGUCAUGCAGCCACAUGUCCCUCAUGCCAUCACAGUGUCUGUUGCAAAUGAAAAGGCACUAGCUAAGUGUGAGAAGUACAUGCUGACCCACCAGGAACUGGCCUCUGAUGGGGAGAUUCAGACUAAAGUAAUUAAGGGUGAUGUUUAUAAGACGAGAGGAGGUGGACAGUCGGUUCAGUUUACUGAUAUUGAGACUUUAAAACAAGAAUCGCCAACUGGUCGAAAACGAAGAUCGUCCACACUAGCACCUGCCCAACCCGAUGGUACAGAGUCUGAAUGGACCGAUGUAGAAACAAGGUGUUCUGUUGCUGUUGAAAUGAGAGCAGGAUCUCAGCUGGGACCCGGAUAUCAGCACCACGCACAACCCAAGCGCAAGAAACCUUGAACUGACAACCCUGGUGACAGAAGGAGGUUUUUUGCUCGUGUUGGUGAUUUACCCAAAGCCGCACCAGAUGCAGUGUCUUGAGUCGUCUUGCAGAAGAAUGUGUCUAGAUCACAUUGCCUUUUUUAUUGUGACUUUUCAACUGUUCUGAAUAUUUUCUAAGAUUUUAUAAAAAACAAACAAAUGCUGCUAUUGAUUAGCUGCAAAAAAAUGCACUUUAGACAUAUUUAACAAUUAAGAUUUUUCAAAGUAAAAAUGGUGACUGGCCAAUGGUUAAACCAUUUUAGGGAAGGUAUUUAGAAUUUUGUAUGUAUAUAUUCACUCUCUGACCUUUAUAUAUGCCAAAACAGCUAAAUAAAAAAGCACUCAGAGGCAAAGUCGUGUGGUGGCCAUUCACUCGGCAUGCUCCCAAGCAUU